AUGCCCGAGAUGAAACGACAGAGCAAACUCUCGCCCAUCAAGGCCUUGACUCGCUCGCUUUCUCGCUCCCAUCCCACAUCACCGUCUCGCCUACACCACAAGAAAUCCAGGCUGGGUUUGCUGUUGAACAAAAGCGCCGCCAGUGCCGAGGUGGACAACAACAACCCAUUAUUAGUAGCAUAUGGCGAUAUCAAGGUGGAGAGUGACGGCCAGAACGACAAAUUGCAGAGUCUCGGCCCCCAUGCCAACGAUGUCCAUACCGAUAUCGAGUCUAAGAUCAAAUCCGAUAUCGAAUGCAACAUCGCCAUCGACGACACCACCGUUCCCUUGGAGUCCUGGAUCGAGGUCGCGUACUUCGCCGACCCUUCAUCGCGCCUGCACCUCAGUUCAAACCCAGGCGAACAGGGACUCCAUCGGGCCGAAAGCGCAAGGUGUUCAAUGGCCAACUAUGUUGCGGAAAUCGAUCGUCGGGUCGUCGGGAACACUGCCAUGCGAGACUUCGCCUACGAGCAGCCCGACCCACUGCAUAGCCAAGCAUACGGACAUGCCGAUGGGCAGAGGUGA